GUUUUAUGUUAAAUGCGUACGAGUUUAACUGUCUAAUCUCCGAAGCAAGAUGGCAGCCUCCGCGAAGGUGAAACAGAUUGGACUUAUCGACCAUUGAUUCUGAGACAAGUUUGCUGUGUUUUCCCUUACAGACAUUGGGGUGAAUUUAACCGAUUCUAUGUUUCGGGGUGUCUACAAUGGAACACAGAAACACAAAGAUGAUCUCCUUGAUGUGUUGCAAAGAGCUUUUAAUGCAGGAGUGAAAAAAAUGUUCAUCACAGGUGGUACACUUGAAGACAGUCGAUCAGCCUUAACAUUAGCAAAGACAAAUGAUACACUGUAUAGCACAGUGGGAUGUCAUCCAACACGAUGUAAGGAGUUUGAUGAAGCUGCAGGGGGUCCUGAUGAAUAUUCAAAACAGUUACUUAUUCUCGCUCAGACCAACAAAGAGAAAGUUAUAGCCAUUGGGGAAUGUGGACUGGAUUAUGACAGGCUUCAUUUCUGCCCUAGGGAGCAACAGCUUAAGUAUUUUGAAAAACAACUAGAUCUUGCAGAACAGACCAGAUUGCCUCUUUUCUUGCACUGUAGGAAUUCACACAGUGACUUUGCAGAAAUUCUGAAAAGAAACAGAGACAAGUUUGUUGGAGGAGUGGUUCAUACAUUUGAUGGUAAAAAAGAAGAAGCGUCAGCUUGUCUUGAUUUGGGUCUUCAUGUGGGAAUUAACGGAUGUUCUUUAAAGACUGUUGCAAACAUUGAAGCCAUGUGUUCAGUUCCAAGUGACAGACUGCUUAUUGAAACAGAUGCCCCUUGGUGUGAGAUACGACCAAGUCAUGCAGGAUUCAAGUACAUCAAAACAAUAUAUCAGUGUAAGAAGAAGGAGAAAUGGGAACAAGGAUUUUGUGUCAAGAGUCGGAACGAACCAGGCAAUAUUGUACAGGUGUUGGAAGUUAUGGCGGCAGCGAGGGGGGAGGACAUUGAAGAACUAGCCCAGAAUUUGUACGAUAACACUGAAAAACUCUUCUUUGGAAAUAGGUGAGAUAAGGACAUAACCAAGAAAAGAUUACGCUAAAUGAUACAGUUUGUAUUUUAUUCUCAAAAAGCUUUAUGCUUAAACUUGAAAAACCCCAUUGUUAGUUUCAAAGGAGUAUCCAGAAUAUUCUGUGAUGUAGCCAUGAGGGGUCCCUAGGAGGGCAAGUGCCCCCCCCCACAAAUUCCCUGGGGCCCCACUUAAAAAAACCGGAUGAAUGGAUAUUGAACAAGGCUAGCAAAAUCUUGCCCCAAAAAACCACACCACUGAAAGCUGGUGCCCCCAUGUGCCCCCCCUACUAGUAAAAUCCUAGCUAUGCCACUGAGGAUAUUAGACACUGCAGGCUUCCUCUUGUUAAAAUUAGAUAAUCGACAACAUUCAUAGUGGAUACUAACAUGAUGGAUACUAUGUACAUUUUCUUCAGUUUUUGUAUAAUGGCAACAUUUCCUAACUUAUUUUAACCUGGAAAGUAGUGCUGCCUUCAAAAUUAAAGUCAAUGAAAAUCUGCCACACUUUUUGUAUAAUUGCUGUUAAACAAGUUUAAAUUUACUGGGUUUUACAAUUCAAAAACUCAAAAAUAAUUGAGCGCUUUCAAACUAAAAAAAUAAUUUUGAAUUGCGUAAUUGUACCAUUGAAAUUGAAAGUAGUCGUGUGUAGCACAUUAUUAUUUAUUGUGCCACCACAGAUUUUUUUUUUGGGGGGGGGAUAUUGUUUUGCCGAAUAUUUAGGGAAAGUCACACAUUUGAAAAGAAAAAUUGUGACUGAAAGUGUUCUUAGAUGAAAUAAAUAAGUAGACGAAAACAUGUACCUCCA